UCACAGUUGAAAUUACAGACAUUAACGACCACUCGCCGACGUUCAAGAGAAACGACAUCCGUUUUGAAAUCAGCGAGAUUGCAAAUACUGGCGCUCGAUUUUCUCUGACAAGCGCCGAGGACGCAGACGUCGGCGUCAAUGGCCUCCGGGAAUAUUUGUUGUCCGAGAAUGACUAUUUUGUGUUGAAGCAGCAUUCAAAUACAGGUGGCAGGAAAUAUGCGGAGAUGGUGCUUCAGAAGCCGCUGGACAGGGAGGCGCUCCCCAGUCUGUCUUUAAAAUUAAUAGCAGUGGACGGCGGAAACCCGCAAAGGUCUGGGACGGUCAAUAUUCAUAUUUCCGUACUGGACGUGAACGACAACGCGCCUGUUUUCAACCAAUCCGUGUACAAAGCCGCCGUCACGGAGAACGCUGCUCACAAUCAUUUUGUGGUCACUGUGAAUGCCAGCGACGCAGACUUCGGGUCGAAUAGUCUUGUGACUUAUCAUUUUGCAGACAUGGACAGCGGCCUGCGUGACGUGUUUGCCAUCGACGAAACCAGUGGUGUGAUUUCCGUGAGGGGCUCUAUUGAUUUCGAGAAAAACAAAAAACACGAGCUGAGAAUAGAUGCCAAGGACCAGGGAGGUUUGACGGACUCGUGUAAAGUGAUCGUUGACGUCAUUGAUGUGAAUGACAACGCCCCCGCGAUGAGCGUCAUGUCCUUCACGAGUCCGGUGUCGGAGGACUCCCCUCCUGGCACAACUGUUGCAAUCAUCAACGUGAAAGACGCUGACUCGGCUGAAAACGGAAAGGUGACGUGCAGAAUUGAGCAAAAUUCACCUUUUAAAAUCCGAUCGAACUUGAGAAAUUAUCACACCUUGUUAACAGACGCGCCUUUAGAUCGUGAAAGUGUUUCCGAAUAUAACAUCACAGUCGUUGCCACAGACGCAGGGCUUCCUACUCUGUGGACCCAAAAAACCUUGAAUCUGAAAAUCUCUGACGUCAACGACAAUGCUCCAGUGUUUUCGCGCGGCCUUUACAGCGCGAUCAUCACAGAAAAUAACCCUCCUGGAAAUUCGAUCAUCACACUUACUGCUAAAGAUCCUGAUCAUAGUCAAAAUGCGCGUGUUUCUUAUAUUUUAGAGGAUGCUAGUAUUGGUGGAUCUCUAGUGUCUGAGUAUGUUACUAUAAACGCCCAAAGCGGCGUCGUCAGCGCCGUGCGCUCCUUCGACUACGAGCGGAUGAAGCGGCUGGACUUUGCGGUGCGAGCGCAGGACGGAGGCUCCCCUCCUCUCUGCGGCAACGUGAGCGUGGGCAUCCUGAUCCGGGACCAGAACGACAACGCCCCUCAGGUCCUGUACCCGGUCCCGCCGCACGCCGAAACGGUGCCUCGUUCGGCAGACGCGGGCUAUCUGGUGACGAAAGUGGUGGCCGUGGACGUGGACUCCGGACAGAACGCCUGGCUCUCCUAUAAAGUGCAGCACAAAUUUGCCACAGACAGGGGGGCGCUGUUUGAAGUGGGCCUCCACAAUGGAGAAAUGCGAACUGUCCGCCGAGUGACCGAUAAAGACGCCGUCAAACAAAGACUGACCGUCGUCGUGGAGGACAACGGGCGGCCCUCUCGUUCGGCCACGGUGGCGGUGAACGUGGCGCUGGCGGACGGCUUCCCCGAAGUGCCGAGGUCGGAGUUCGCCGACGACUUGAGCGAGGACGACGACGACCGGCUGACUUUUUACUUGGUCUCGGCUCUGGCUGCGGUCUCCUUCCUCUUCGUCGCCUGCUCGCUGCUUAUCGUAUCGCUCAAGGUGUACAGGUGGAGACGGUCUCGCGUCUUGUACCGCUCCGACCUCCCCGUCAUUCCGUACUAUCCGCCGCGCUACUGCGACACGUUGGGGACGGCGGGGACGCUCCCGCACGUCUACAGUUACGAGGCGUGCGCCGCCGCCAAAGGUCACGUGACGAACACGCAAGCCGUGAGUCAAAGUUUAGUGAGCGUGGACGGAGCGGACGCCGACGUGCCGCGCGGCGGCGAGCAGACGUCGGGGAACUGCUCUCGGAUGUCGACUCUGGUGAGUCAGAUGUUUCUCUGUUUCAUGACUUUUACUGCUUCUCGAGGUUGUAUGACUUGUUUUGCUUUAUGUUGCUGAAAGGUUGAUGUUUUGAAGUGAAUGCAAAUCUUGUAACUUCGAACAAGGUUGUUAAAAUAUUUGUUGAUACUCAGUUGAAUACGUAGUUUGUAAAUGUGCUUACUUACAAGCAGGGCUUGACAUCCGCUUUUUUUCCUCACCGACCACUGUGGCUUGUGGUUUCCCAGAGUUACUCGCCACUCAGCAUUUUCACCAGCCUGAAUUUUAAUGUGAUGUUUCAUAUGAUCACAGCUUUAUGAAAGAACUAGAUUGUGCACACCCAAAGCAAUACUACAUAAAUGUUCCAUGCUACAAGAACCACCAUUUAUAUCAAUCUGAACAUCCACACAGACUUCAGUGAGUAGAAAAUUAGAUGCGAUCGAAAAUGAAAUUCAUUUUCGCAUUCCACUUCAGCUCUUUACAAUCAGUUGGUUUUCCCACAGCAAUGGACGUACGGUACAUUCUGCUUUUCCAGGUUUCCAGAAGCUUUCCCGCAACGUCCUUUGCAAGUACUUCCACUCUGCGAAGAGUUAGUCGCUGUGUCUGAGAGAGACACUUUUGUUUCAUAGCUGAAGUGACAAGCAAGUUUGGCUGUGAAUUCACUUCAUCAGUGACAGCAAGAAGAAUGAGAAUCCCCUUUAUUGUCAUGGACAUGCAUGCAUGCACACAAAGUUUGUUCUCUGCAUUUUACCCGUCACAGUGAACACACGCAUUUGUUCGUGGAACACACUGGAGUAGGGGGCAGCUGAAGCGCUGGGAGCAGUUCGGGGUAUCAGCGUCUCGCUCAAGGACACCGCAGCCGUGAGUCCGGGGGAUGU